AAGAAAGAAAAAUAUAUCAUUAUUUAACAAUUCACCAUUAAAAUGAGAAUAAGAACAUUGCAGCAGGUUCAGAGGCAGUUUAUUAAAUAAACUUUAAAAGGGCUUAUCUUUAAAAAGCUGCUAUAAACCAGCAGUGGUCCUGCAGUAAACAUCAUAUUCUGUUUCAGUAUCUAUCACUGAGUUACUUUACUUGCUUUGUACACACAGUAAACUUGACUUGUUUAUCAUCAGCUCCAAUGAGCUCAAAAACUUUGUCACUUUGCAAUUCAAUAUUAAUAUUUCUCCACAUCCUUAAAAAUUAAAGGCAUUCUUUUACCUUGGCUAUUAAAUCCUAAUGGAAUUUAUUUUAAUAUAAGAGGAAUUUUAAGUUUUUUUUAAAUGUUCCACCACCCACAGGACAGAUGGGAGCUCUGCUUGAAGCCUUGGUCCUGUGUGUCAGUGAGUGUCAGCUUUGAAGGUUUGUUUGCAAUACACAUUCACCAAUCCCAUCUAGCUGUUCAGCUCAACACCCUCCUGCAAAGCAAACAACUGAUGUACUUUUGCACUCCUUACUCCAAAGGACUGAUUUCCUGAGGCACACCGCUGCAAAUGACAUUUCAUCAGCUACUCAAUCCAUUAAGCACCUACGUCAGCAAUGAUUGGGUGGGUUUCGAAGGUGAAGGGCUAUGUGGGGCCCAAUGUGUACUCAGAGGUGCCUGACGGAGGCUGGGGUUGGGUGGUGGCAGCGACUUUCUUCCUCGUGGAAGCUUACUCUUACGGCAUCAUCAAGAGCUUCGGCAUCUUCCUUCAGGACUUCAUGAGCCAAUUUGAAGAGAGCAAUAGCCGCGUGUCUUGGAUCAUCUCCAUCUGCAUCUUCAUUAUGACCUUCACGGCCCCCCUGUCCUCUGUGAUGAGCACCAGGUUUGGUUAUCAGCCUGUUGUCAUGCUGGGGGGCUUCCUGGUCUCUCUGGGCACCAUCACCACUGCCUUCACCAGCUCGAUCAACGAGAUGUACGUCACCAUCGGGGUCGUCUCAGGCCUGGGCUACUGCCUCACCUUCCUGCCCACAGUCACCAUCCUUUCACACUACUUCAACAAGCGGCGCUCCCUCGUCACGGCUGUUGCGUCAACCGGAGAGUCCCUCUCAGUGUUCGCCUUCGCCCCAGCCUUCACGGCUCUGAAGGAUCGCAUCGGUUGGCGAUAUUGUCUCAUUGUGAUCGGGGUCCUUCAAGGAACCAUCAUCGUCUGCGGGGUCCUACUUCGGCCCAUCAUCAUUCUGCCCGCUUGUGCGGAGGAGAAAGGCACCAGGGGGGCGCACGCUCAACAGCUUGAGGCCACGUUCAUGCUGGAGAAUGAACAAGCGGGGACCUGUGUCCUCUCAGAAGACUCAGGGGUCACCCCUGUGGCCUCCUCACCAAGUAAACUGGCUGAGCGGCAGAGGGCGGAGGAGUCCAUGGCUGCAGAGAGGAAGGCCUUAAUGCAGGAGCGGAAGGGAGCACCUCCUCUAAUGGCCACCAAGCACGUAAAGGAGGAGCUGGCACCUGCUACGGGCCGGGCGAAGCUCCUGGACUUCUCAGUGUUGAAGGACAGCGGCUUCAUCUGCUACUCACUGUUUGGUCUCUUUGCCACCCUGGGCUUCUUUGCGCCGCAGCUGUACGUCAUCGAGCUGAGCGUGAGCAGGGGCAUCGACAGGGACAAGGCGGCUUUCAUGCUUUCUGCCAUGGCCGUCUCCGAGUUAUGCGGCCGCCUGUCCAUUGGCUGGAUACUCAACAAGAGGCCGAUUCGCAAAAUCUACAUCCUGCUCAUGUGUGUGCUGCUGCUCUCUGUGGUGCUGGUGGUGUUCACCUUCAUCACCAGCAUCUGGGGGCUGGCCGCGUGCUGCGUGUUCUACGGCUUCCUGCUCGGCACCGUGACUUCCACGCACAUCCCCAUGCUAGCGGAGGAUGACGUGGUGGGUGUUGACAGGAUGUCGACUGCGGCGGGUGUCUACGUCUUCAUCCAGAGCUUCGCGGGGCUGGCCGGACCUCCCUUAGGAGGUUUUCUAGUGGACAUUACUAAAGAUUAUGGCUCUGCGUUUUAUUCUUGUGCUGUCGGUAUGGGCUUGGGGGGCCUGUUCCUCGGCCUUGUGCGUCCUGUCAAGGCCGGAUUCUGCUGCGCAAAGUCAAGCGGUCAACAGCAGGAAUAUCCCAUGGAGCUGUGCAAGGAGAACUCUUCUCAGGGCAAACAAACACUUGAGGACUUCCUGGAAAUCAGUGUUGCCUCGGAGAGGAGUCCUGCCCAACAGCAACCAGAGGGCAGCGCUGUUUCAUAACCAGGCGUGAAAGGAAAG